GGAAUAUUUCAGUCGCAGUAAAGUAAUGUGGAAUUAUUAGCAGAAAGGAUAAAACACUUAAGAAAAGGUAUUGGUUACACUGAUAUGAGCUGACAUGGAUCAGAAGAUUCUUUCAUUAGCCACUGGGGGCAAUGUGGAGAAGCUGCAACAGUGUCUAAAAGGCUUAAAAGAAAAUGAGGUUCAGGAUUUGAUCACACGGCAUGCUGUCAAAGGGAAGGACAUUGGAGCAUUUUUGAGAGCUGUUUUCAAAGGCUCACCAUGUUCUCUGGAGGAUGGUGUUAGUAGGUGGCUCCUUGUUUAUAGGCACUGCAUUCAGCUGGUAGAGUCUGGAGACCUGCAAGUGGAGGUGGUUUCUGAUAUCAUUGGCUUACUGAUGCUAGAGACUCAUCAGUUACCUGGUGCAUCACUUAUUGAGCUUGCUGACAUGUACGCUGAGGCUAUCAAAGGAGGAAGUCUGUCGAAUGGAAAAUCUCUAGAGUUGUUUCCUACUAUUCUUACUGCAUUGGCAGCAAAGGAGAGCCUGAGCUAUGGGAAAGGCCAGCUGAGUGGGGAAGAGUACAAGAAACAACUAAUAAACAGCCUUUGUUCAAGCAGGUGGGAUCAUCAUUGCGUAAUCCAUUUGACGUCAAUGUUCAGAGAUGUUCCAGUGAGUACAGAGGAACUGCAAUUCAUUGUGGACAAGGUUUUGCGAAUGUUUUCAAAGCUAGACUUACAAGAAAUACCUCCUCUGGUCUACCAGUUGUUGCUGCUUUCUGCAAAGGGCUGCAAGAGGAAGGUUUUAGAAGGCAUUGCAGCAUUCUUCAAUCAACAGGAUGAACAGCAGAAAGUGGAGCAGCAACAAAACUCUGAGUCUGUGGAAUUAGAAGCGGUUAUUAUACCUCAAGACCAACUCCGUCAUGUGGAGGGCACAGUCAUUCUUCAUAUUGUAUUUGCUAUUAAGCUAGACCAUGACCUAGGCAGAGAAUUGGUUAAAUAUCUCAAGGCUGGGCAACAAGGUGAUGCAAGCAAAAUUUUAUGUCCUUUUACUGUGGCUCUAGUGCUUUCUGUAGCAAGAAUCCAUCGAUUUGAGGAACAGGUUUUUGAUUUUCUGAAAACCGUGAUCAUUAAGAGUUUUAAAGACUCCCAGUUGCGGCAGAAUUCCAAAUUCCUUCAAGAUCUCAUACCUCAGCAGUGUAGUGUGGCUGAAACAGUUCUAGAAACUGUUAGAAACAGUGUAUUUGGCUGGGAUCAUGUCACUCAGGGGCUUGUAGAGCUUGGCUUCAUGCUGAUGGAUUCCUUUGGACCGAAAAUUGUUCUUGGUGGGAAAGUCUGUGACAUCAACCCUACUGUUUUGAAGACACCAGCUCAGCAUGCCUGCAGACUGGGAGCUACAAUUUUGCUUGAGACAUUUAAGGUCCAUGAAGCAAUUAGAAGUGAGAUUUUGGAACAAGUUCUCAACAGAGUAAUCACCAAAGCAACAUCACCAAUUAGUCAUUUCAUAGAUUUGCUGUCCGAUAUUGUCACAUCUGCUCCUCUCAUUCUCAUGAAUUCCUCCUCCAAGGUUACAGAAGCCUUUGAUCAUUUGUUCUUUCUUCCACUCAGUACUGUUCAGGGACUGCUGAAGGCCAUACAGCCUAUGCUGAAAGUCAGUAUGUCUAUGAAGGACUCUCUGAUCCUCGUUCUGAGAAAGGCCAUGUUUUCAAGCCAGCUUGAUGCUCGGAAGUCUGCAGUGGCAGGGUUUUUGCUCCUGCUGAAGAAUUUUAAAGUGCUGGGUAGUUUAUCCUCCAGUCAGUGUAGUCAGUCCAUCAGUUCAACACAGGUGCAAGUGGAUGUACAUAUGAGAUACAAUUCUGCCGCAAAUGAAGCUCUUUGUCUGGAGGUCUUAGGCAGCCUGAGACGCUGCUUGAGUCAACAAGCAGAUGUUAGACUGAUGCUUUAUGAGGGAUUUUAUGAUGUCCUUCGCAGGAAUUCUCAGUUAGCUGACUCUAUCUUGCAAACGCUACUGUCUCAGCUGAAAAGGUACUAUGAACCAGAGCAAGAUCUGCUGCCUCCACUGAAACUUGAAGGCUGUAUUACUGCACAAGGAGAUCAGAUAUUCUUGCAAGAGCCUCUGGCGCAUCUUCUUUGUUGCAUACAGCACUGUCUGGACUGGUACAGGACUAUUGUACUGCAGAAUCAGGAGAAUGAAACUGAUGAUGAUGAUGAUGAAUUUCAUCAGGAUCUGGAAGAUAUGCUGGAGUCCAUCACUAGAAGGAUGAUUAAAAGUGAACUAGAGGAUUUUGAACUGGAUAAAUCUGCAGAUUUCUCCCUUUCAUCCAAUGUUGGUGUAAAAAACAAUAUCUUUGCCAUUUUAGUGAUGGGAAUAUGUGAAGUCCUGAUGGAGUACAACUUUCUUGCCGGAAACUAUAGCAAAAACAGAUUUGAAGAUGUUUUAGGACUGUUCAACUGCUACCAUAAGCUGUCUGAAAUCCUGAAGGACAAGUUGGGGAAAGGCAAGUCCUCUGCUAACACAAAGAUGUCCAGAAGUCUGCUUUCACUGAGAUUUGUCUCCCAUCUUCUUACUGCAUUAUUUCGGGACAGUUCUCAAGGUCAUGAAGAAAGCCUUACAGUUCUGCGUUCCAGCAGUGAAUUCAUGCGCUACAGCGUUAGUGUAGCUCUGCAGAAAAUACAGCAUUUAGAGGAGACUGGGCAUACUGAUGGACCUGAUGGACAGAACAUAGAAAAAACAUUUCAGCACCUUUGUGAAAUUACCAAGGUUUUGCUGUGGCGAUAUACUUCGAUUCCUUCUGCAGUGGAAGAGACCGGAAAAAAAGAAAAGGGGAAGACUAUCUCCCUGCUGUGCCUCGAAGGAUUACUGAAGGUGUUCAUUACUGUUCAGCAUCGGUACCAGAUGAAAAUAAAGUCGUUCCUUUAUGCAUUAGAUUUGGCACACAACGAGGAGGAGGAGGAAGAUGAAGAGGAAAAUGUUAAUGUGACAGAGAAGACUGCUUUCCACAUCCGACAGUUUCAGAGAUCGUUGGUAAAUCAGCUAAGUGCUGCUGACGAUGAUUUCAACAGUAAAGAAUCACAGCUACUUGUGAGCAUUCUCUCUACACUGUCCAGGAUGCUGGAGCCAUCAUCACAACAGUUUUCACAGAUGUUAUCAUGGACGCUAAAAAUCUGCAGAGAAACUACGCUAGAAGAUGUUCAGUUUUGUAAAGGACUGAUGAGCUUAUUGUUCAGCCUGCUUCUGUUACAAAAGAGCCCUGUUAGUGUGCUGCGAGAACUUUCCCAGGACAUACACGGACAUUUGGGGGACAUUGACCCGGACAUUGAAGUUGAAAAACAGUCCCAUUUUUUGAUUGUGAACAUGAAGACAGCAGCACCUACAGUUGGUCUACUAGUUUUGUCGCAAGCUGAAAAGGUUUUGGAAGAGAUAGACUGGCUUAUAUUGAAGUUAAAAGGGCAACUGAGCACAGAUAAACCACUAUCAGAUGAAUCAUCUCAAACUGUGAACCAGAGAGAGCCAAUAGAAAAGGCUGUUAUUCUUCAGCUGGGGACCCUCUUGACUGCUUUUCAUGAACUAAUUCAGACAUCUUUACCCUCAGGAAGUUGUAUUGAUACCCUUCUGAAGGAACUGGCCAAGAUGUAUACCAUUCUCACUUCCUUUGUUAAAUAUUAUUUACAGAUUUAUACCAGCCGAAUGGGUACCUUUUCUGCAAGAUUUGAAAAACUGGUAAAGCUGUCAGGAUCACAUCUAACUCCCCAGUGCUAUGGUUUCAUUACAUAUGUCCAGAAUAUUCAGAAUGAAAGUCUAAGUUUCUGUGGCGGAGAUAAGAAAAACAAGAAAAAGGAUGAAAGUACCGCAACAGCUGCAACGGCCAAAGUGCUUCGUGAAACUAAACCAAUCCCCAACCUGAUAUUCGCUAUUGAGCAGUAUGAGAAAUUUCUGAUUCAUCUUUCCAAGAAAUCUAAGGUGAAUUUGAUGCAGUACAUGAAACUAAGUACCUCCAGAGAUUUUAGGAUCAAUGCAGCCACACUAGAUGCAUUACAGGAACAAGAAGUGGAAGAGAAUGAAAACACAGAAAAUGAACCUGACAAUGAACAGAUUAUAGAGGCAGAAGAACCAAAAAAGAAGAAAAGGAAGAAGUGAUAGGCUGGGCCUUAUAAAUGUACACCAUAUUUUAUUUUCACAGGCAGAAGAACCAAAAAGGACGAAAUGAAAGGGGUGGGCCUGCCAAGUCAAUGCCCACUCUACAUGUCCUCUGUUAAUACAAACAAUACCUGAUUUAAACAUGUACAUUUUGUAAAUAAAUAUUUGGCUCUUUUAAACUA